CGGUUUCGACGAUUUCAAAAUCAUUUUGAAGUUAUCCUUCUCACUUAGAACAUAACAAUGACCGAAAUAAUUAAGAUUGCAAGCAUCGCCUUCUUGGCCUUUUGCUGUCUAGUUCAGGCGAACUACGUGCCCGGUGUUUCCUAUAUAGAGAAUGUGGAACUGGCCUACGACAAUGUGACGGACAUUUGGCGUUGCGACCAACUCGUUUGUCCUCCCGGCACACUCGGCUGUAAGAUCAUAAAACGCAACAAUCCCAACAAAGCAGACGAAUUGAUUUGUAACAAUAUUUGUUACGACAAGCUGGGCGCGAAUUUGCUGAAGUUCACACAUACCGAGUCCAUGGUGCAAGCGCAGACGAUUGAUAUUUAUGUAAACUCUUAUGUGGACGGCGACAUAUGGCAGUGGAGCGUGGGUUACAGUUUGUCGUGGCAAGGCCUAAAUGCCACUAUCGCACCCCAAGAUUGGCCGCGCGUACAGGAAAGUAUGAGAUCUCUUAUAAAGGCGUUUGACGACUCAUAUGGCGCUUCGCAGCGAGUAAUCCGCACAUUUAAGGGCGCUCAUUAAGAAACUUAUUUUCAGUUUAUUUUUACUUUACGAAAAUAAAUAUAAUUUCACGCAGCAUAAA